CAUGGUAAGGCAGAACCUGGGCCGAUCCACUCGCGCCAUCUAUCUGACUGUGGCGUGUUUGUCCCUCGCUCUCCAUCUCCUUCUGGCAAUUUUUUGUCUCUCUGUCCUCCAGACAGCCUGCGUCCUUCCCACCUCCUCCUCUUCCUCCUCUGCAUUCAUACCAAGAACCGACACCCAGCACCGUCGGUCUGUGCUCCACUCCUCCUCUUCUUCAGAUGCCUCCUCCUCACAUAAACCUGCAGUGAGCCCCCAGAAUGAGGAGCACCACAAACUGGAUGCCAACACAUUACAGCAGAGGGGGAAACACUCACCAAGCGAGGCCCCUGAGGGGGAAAGGAAACUGAUCGGAGCUGGAAAAGUGAUUCCUGAGGGUCGUUCUAAGUUAGAGGCAUUGUUCAAACACCCGCUGUACAACCUGCCAUACCCAGAGCUGCAAGAAGAUGAUUGGCUGCUGAGGGUGAAGACAAAUGAAGAUGCAAAGGAUUCAGGAAGUGAGGAAGAGGAGAGGGAAGACACCAGUGACAGUCAGUGGCAGAGUUCCAGUCAGGAGGAAGGCUACGACAAACUCACCUGGACGAGCGACAUGGAGACCCAUCCUCCCUGGCUGCGGUUCCACCUGGGCAUCUCGCGCUGGGAGCUGUACAACAGGAAGGAUCCCAACCUGGCCCAGCUGACUCAGUACCUGGCAACACAGCGUAUCCUCGGGGCUGUUCAGAAGACAGGCGGCACCCAGCUCAAACUGCUCCUGUCGUUCCCAAACUAUGGACAAGCUCUGCUCAAACCCAUGAAACAGUCCCGAGAUGCAGAGACGGAUGUAAACCUCUUCUACUUCUCAGACUUUGAGAGACACAAUGCAGAGAUCGCUGCCUUUCACCUCGACAGGCUGCUGGGCUUCAACAGGAUUCCUCCAGUGGUCGGCCGACUCAUCAAUGUCACCGCAGAGAUCAGAGAGAUCACCACUGACCCCAGACUGUCUAGGACCUUCUUCACUUCCCCUGUGGGUAACGUCUGUUUCUAUGGCCAGUGUGAGUACUACUGUUCAACAGAGCACCCCGUGUGCGGUCAGCCACAUGCACUGGAGGUUUCCCUGGCUGCCAUGCUAACGGACCUCAGCCUCGCUCCCCGCAGGUCCUGGAGGUCGCCAUGGAGACGAUCCUACAGCCGCUCCAAGCUUGCACCGUGGGAGAAGGACCCGUCCUACUGCGACAAGGUGAAGCAGACGCCUCCGUACAGCCACGGCACCAGACUGGUGGAUCUCAUCGACAUGGCUGUGCUGGACUUCCUCAUGGGCAACAUGGACAGACAUCACUACGAGACGUUCGAGAAGUUUGGCAACGAGACUUUCCUGCUGCAUCUGGAUAACGGACGGGGGUUUGGGCGUCACACUCGGGAUGAGCCGUCCAUUCUAGCUGCUUUGCAACAGUGUUGCAGGAUCCGUCGCUCCACCCUCCUCCGCCUGCGCCUCUUGUCCCUCCCUGGCUUCCGUCUGAGUGACGGGAUGCGGGAGUCUCUGGCCCAGGAUCCUCUGGCAGCUGUGGCCCCCCUUCUCUCUGAACCACACCUGUCUGCUCUGGACCGGCGCCUCGCCACCAUCCUGAAGGUGGUGCAGGCCUGUCAGGAUCAGCACAACGACGUCAUUUACAAUGACCUGAUCAACAAACUGACUGAGGAAAAGGAAACUCAAUAAAUUAUACUUCCAUCUCAUGUAUGCAUAAUGUUUUGACACAGUAGAAGGAAGUGAGGCAUCCUAACAGGUGCCAAAAGAUUUGUGUGUAGGCUAUUCAAGUGUGAAUAUGAGCAUUUAACGUAAUAUCCAGUCCAGCCACCCUGCGGAGGAAGCUCAUUUCGGCCCCCUGUAUCCAGAAUCUUGCCAUUUCAGUCAUGACCCAAAGUUCAUGACCACAGGUGAGAGUCAGAACGUAGAUUGACCAGUAAAUCCAGAGCUU